GCUGAAGAUGGCAGCUGUUAUCCGAGUUCGUCGCAAACGAACGGCGGAUCCCGCCGACAAUUUAGUUUUUUCGUGCAAGAAACCUAAACAUGGAAAAUGCGAGAGUGAAACAGCGGGAACAGAUCCACUGGAAGUCGAGAAUGUAUUUAGAUUCGCUGGAACAUCGGAAGAAAAGGAUCACCGAGUGGAGCACAUACAGCACGUCAUAAAAAGUAUGAAAGACAGACUGAAGAGAAGUGGACUGAACACAGGGCACGAGAAGUUGAAUGCCAAAACCAGAGAACUUAGAAAAAUUGCUUCAGAAUCAAAUAGAUUCAAAGUUAUUUCCAAUCUGAGGAACAUCAAGCUUGAUGUGCAAGAAAAGACAAUCAUAAAAACAGGUUCUGAAGAGACUACCCCCUGUACUGGGGCUGGUGAUGGCAAGCCCAAUAAUGUGUCUGUGUGUGACGGUGCUGAGGCUGCUGCUGUUGAAGCCAGUUUAGAAGAAAGUACAACGCAAACUGAGGCUAAUAAAUUAUUUUGUUUGUAUGAUGUGUUGCAAGAGGUGCAGGAAGGAAGUAAGAAGGAGAAGUCACCAAAGUCAAGGAAAGAAACACCACAGAACCAAGAUGAAUUGAUGUGCAAUAACGUUAGAAUGAUACGUGAGAAACUUACCAUUGAAGAUGAAACAAAACCCAAACACAGAGAACCUGAGUACGUAUAUGACUUCUAUUAUGCUGAUCCGACGUCCCUGGAUUGGUCGGCCCUAGAUAACGUUGUGUCGGUCACGGGAUAUAACGAUAUGGAACUAGUUUAUGGUGAGGCAGAAAUGGACGAUGAAUAUUGUGAUGAUGACGACGACGACAGCAAUGAUGAGAGCAAUUGGAGAAAUGAAUAUCCUGAUGAAGAAGAACAUGAGCGUGACAGUCUUUCAAGCGAUGAUGAUGAUGAUGAAGACAAUUACUAUCAUCAAAAUGAUCCAUAUCGAAGGAGAGAUAUUGACUAUGAAUAUGAAGUACAAGACUACAACGCUAGUGAUGAUGACGAUGAAGAUGGGCUUACUCAUGAUCAUUUCAUUGUUUGAACAUACUGGAAG